AUACCAUCGCUGAGCGGAACCGGCCUGCAUUGCACACAGCCAUCCCUUUCUCUUCGCCCUUCACCCUUCACCAACAGCGCACGUUGAUCGACCAUGUCGGACAUCCAAGCACGGUCCAGCCGGAUCCUCUCCCACCUCAACAAGGAUCACAAGGAUUCCUUGCGAGCCAUCGUCGCCAAAGCCGAAGGAUCGGUCAUCUUGCCCUACGACGUCAAGGCCACAUCCAUCGAUGCCAAGGGUUUCACAGCAGAGUAUUACAUUCAUCAAUCGCUCGGCAGCAAGCCUCGUCGUCAAGUCGUAAAGGUGGACUUUCCCAAGCCUUUGGAAAAGGCGGAUGAAGCGAGACACGUCUUUGUCAAGCUCAGUGAUGAGGCAUCUGGGCUCUGGUACCCAGUCCGAUUCUCGGCUCAUCCUCUGCUACCGGGAGCUGUACUGAUCGCAGGUCUGCUCUACCUAGCAUCAAAAGCCUACGACAUUCCCGCCGCUCAGAUCACCUUUUUGCCCAUCCUGCAAAAGUAUCCAGACGCUCCAGAAAUCGCAGAAAAGAUCUUCAAGACUCUAGCUGGCGUGCACACCGUCGAAGCGGUGCUCAUGCUACUGUACGUGCUCAGAAAGGGCGGCAGUCUUGCCGUCGCUAUCAAGUGGGCCGUUCAACAACUCUUCGUCGGCUUCCCCAACUUCUUCGGAUUCAAGAAAAUCAACCCUACUGGUCCGAAGGACAAGAACCCUGCGAAGCUCUUGUAAUGUCGCAUCUCGCAUCCCGGGUGGUUGUCUGCUCCUCUAGCAAUGCAUGCCUGCGCAGCUGUGGUGUACAAUGUGAGGAUACAAAUACACGUUCGGAAAGAGCGGUCGAACAGAG